AUGAAAGGUGAUUUAGAUGAGUGCGCAGAGGGUUCAGACGACUGCCAUAUUGAUGCCCUCUGUCAGAACACACCAAACUCCUACAACUGCAUAUGCAAGCCUGGCUAUUCUGGAGAUGGAAAACAGUGUGAAGAUGUGGACGAAUGUGGGAAUGACUACAAUGGGGGCUGUGUCCAUGAAUGCAUCAACAUACCAGGGAACUAUAGGUGCACCUGCUAUGAUGGAUUUAUGCUGGCCCAUGAUGGACACAACUGUUUAGAUGUGGACGCGUGUCUGGACAACAAUGGGGGAUGCCAGCAAGUAUGCGUCAACACAAUGGGAAGUUAUGAGUGCCAGUGUACAGAGGGUUUUUUUCUCAGUGACAACCAGCACACCUGCAUCCAUCGCUCUGAUGAUGGAAUGAACUGUAUGAACAAGGAUCAUGGCUGUGCCCACAUCUGCAGAGAGGCUCCAGGCAAAGGUGGGGUGUCAUGCGAGUGCCGACCUGGCUUUGAGUUGGACACAAACCAGAGAGACUGUACAUUGACAUGUAACUAUGGAAACGGUGGCUGCCAACACACAUGUGAUGACACAGACACGGGGCCGGUAUGUGGCUGCCACCAAAAGUACGCCCUGCACUCAGACAGCAGGACCUGCAUUGAGAAAGAUGAGGCUGCAAUUGAGAGCUCUGAGUUCAAUGCCACGUCAGUAGCUGAUGUGGACAAGCGGGUGAAACGGAGGCUACAUAUGGAGACAUGCGCUGUAAACAACGGGGGCUGCGACAGGACGUGUAAAGACACUGCCACGGGGGUGCGCUGCAGCUGCCCUGUGGGAUUCACACUGCAGCCUGAUGGCAAAACCUGCAAAGCCCCUCAGCAUCACAGCACGCCCAUCCAGCCUCACUACCUGUUCGUGCUCAUGCUGCGCGCUGCUGCUCUGUGCACCCAUGCGCAUGUUACCGGCUCCUGCGAUUUGGACCGUUACCGGGACCUACCUACCCCACAUCUCAGACUGGUUCCAGAGACAGAAGAGUCCCAGACCAGCUGCCGUGGUACCACAGAAUCCCAGACCAGCUGCCGUGGUCCCACAGAGUCCCAGACCAGCUGCCGCACAUCCACAGAACCCCAAGGCUGCCCCAGCAGGUCAACAGAAUCCCAAGGCUGUCCCAGCAGGCCCACAAAGUCCCAAGGCUGCCCCAGCAGGCCCACAGAGUUCCAAGGCUGCCCCAGCAGCUCCCCAGGCCUCCACGUCACCUGCAGCAGCUCCCCGGGCCUCCACAUCACCUGCAAAGUCCAGACCCUCUCUUCAGCUGCUACAAUCUCCAAAACCCCCAUGACAGCAUUGGCUUGGCCCCUGGCCUCAGCGGCCACAAAACCCCAGAUUCCACAGGUGGCAGCGCUAGCCACCAUGUUUGCGGCUGUCCUGGCACCUGUGCUUGCUACAAUUUGGGCUCCCCCUACACCGCCACCAGCUGAGUUCCAGGCCUCCAAGUUGGCUGCAGCUCCCCAGCAGGCCUCCAUGUCCUUCCCUCAGGCCUCCAUGUUCGUCCCUCCGGCCUCUGUGUCCAUCCCUCAGACCCCCUUGCCAGCAGCUCCUCAGCCCUCCAUGAUGGCAGCUCCUCAGCCCUCCAUGUCAGCUGCAGCAGCUCCUCAGCCCUCCAUGUCGGCUGCAGCAGCUCCACAGCUCUCCAUGUCCGCUGCAGCAGCUCCACAGCCCUCCAUGUCCGCUGCAGCUGCCCCACAACCCUCCAUGUCGGCUACAGAAGCUCCUCAGCCCUCCAUGUUGGCUGCAACGGCCUUCAGGACCCCCAUGUUGGCCGAAGCAGCCUCCAGGAUCCCCCAUGUUGGCUGCAACAGCUUCCAGGACUCCCAUGAUGGCUGCAGGAGCUUCCAGGAUCCCCAUGUCGGCUGUAACGGCCUCCAGGACCCCCAUGUCGGCCAAAGCAGCCUCCAGGACCCCCUUGUCGGCCAAGACUGCUUCCAGGAUCCCCAAGUCGGCUGUAACGGCCUCCAGGACCCCCAUGUCGGCUGUAGCCUCCAAGACAUCCAUAAACUCCAAUGGCUUCCCGCCAAUCUGCGCAUCCAUUUCAAGAUCCUCGUUAUCACAUUCAAAGCCCUCCAUAAUCUGGCCCCUCCAUACCUGUCUGACCUACUCCAUCACUACACUCCUUCUCUUUCCCUCCACUCCUCCGAUGCCAACCUUCUGUCUCUCCCCUAUGUUGAUGAGUGCAGUAUCAACAAUGGGAGCUGUGAAUAUGGCUGCAUGAACACACAGGGUAGUUAUGAGUGUGUGUGUCCACCAGGACAACAGCUUCACUGGAACAAGAAAGACUGCAUUGAGGCAGUGAAAUGUCUUCCCAACGGAAAGCCAGCCCCACGAGCCCAUCUGACCUGUACCAAAACUGGAGGGGCAGAAGUAUGCUCACUGUCAUGCCCAUCAAAUGCUCUUUUUCUUGCAGACCCUGAGAACUACACGUUAAGCUGCGGAGUACCUGUUCAGCCUGAUUCGCUGGCACCACCCAUAAAGCAGAAAGCCAAAUUUAAAAUCAAGGAUGCCAAGUGUCACCUGAGCCCCCGCAACAAGGAGAAACAGAGAGACUCAUCCAGGCCGAAUAUUCAUGGAGACCAGUUCCCCUGCACUGAUGACUGUCAGGUGACAUUUGUCAAUCUGAAAUGUGAUUCAUCAAAGAAGCGACGCAGAGGACGCAAGUCUCCAUCCAAAGAGGUUUCCCUUAUCACAGCUGAGUUUGAAAUGGAAAUGAAGGAGGAAGAAGCCUCAGAUGCUUGCAACAUUGAUUGUGUGCGUGAAAAGAUGAAGCAGAAGCUGCAGAGUGCCAUGCGGACACUUAGGAAGUCCAUCAACAAACAGCAGUUCUACAUCCAGUUUUCAGGAACAGAUUAUGAAGUAGCUCAGAAACCAUCCCAUUUGCCAGAGGAGGCUGAAACCUGCAGCACGGGACAAAUAUUCCAUGAUGGAAAAUGUGUGAGCUGUGGUGUGGGGACGUUUUACAGUGGGGAGCAGGGACAGUGUGUUCAGUGUUCUCCUGGGACAUACCAGGACAUGGAGGGGCAGCUGACCUGUGAGCCAUGUCCCAGCACUGAAGGACAGGGCAUUGCUGGUGCCAAGAAUGUGUCUCAGUGUGGAGGUCAGUGUCCGGCAGGCCAGUUUUCUCCUGAUGGGUUUCGGCCAUGUAAAAUUUGUCCUUUGGGCUCUUACCAGACAGAACCAGGUCGAGUUCUGUGCUUCUCGUGUGGGGGAGGCCUGAUGACCAAAUAUGAAGGUUCUGUUUCCUUCCAGGAAUGUGACGCCAAAGUUCAUUGUGCUCCUGGACAUUACUACAACUCCAGCAACCAUCGCUGCAUACGCUGCCCAGCAGGAACCUACCAGUCUGAGUUUGGUCAGAACUUCUGCAUCACAUGCCCUGGGAACACCACGACCGACUUUGACGGAGCCACAAACGUGUUUCACUGCAAAAACCAGAUAUGUGGAGGAGAACUGGGAGAUUACAUGGGUUACAUCGAGUCCCCUAACUACCCUGGAGAUUACCCGUCAAAUGUGGAUUGUGUCUGGACCAUAAACCCUCCACAUAAAAGGCGGAUUCUCAUUGUUGUACCAGAGAUUUUCCUCCCCAUUGAAGACGAGUGUGGCGAUGUGCUGGUCAUGAGAAAGAGUGCACUGCCCACCUCCAUCACCACCUAUGAGACGUGUCAGACUUAUGAACGACCGAUCGCCUUCACCUCUCGUUCUCGCAAGCUUUGGAUUCAGUUUAAGUCCAAUGAAGGAAACAGUGGAAAAGGGUUCCAAGUUCCAUAUGUCACAUACGAUGAGGACUACCAGCAGCUGAUAGAAGAUAUAGUGCGAGAUGGCAGGCUUUACGCAUCUGAGAAUCACCAAGAGAUACUUAAGGACAAGAAGUUGAUAAAAGCACUGUUUGAUGUUCUGGCCCACCCUCAGAACUACUUCAAGUACACAACAGCAGAGUCCAGAGAGAUGUUUCCUCGCUCUUUUAUCAAGCUGCUGCGCUCCAAAGUCACCAGGUUCCUACGACCAUACAAAUAG